AUAACAGAAGGAUUAAAAAAAAAAGUAGCAGCGGCCUGUGCUGAAGGAAACUGGAACCCAACGCAGAAACAGAGCGCACGUUGCUUGAAAGGGUCUAUCAAUCACGCUCCUCGCCAGCCUGCGACUCCCAUUAGUCUCUCCUCCCACGGGAGUCAGUGAGGAAGUGAAAAGCUCCGUUAGCCAAUCUCAUCCUGACCCAGAGUACCGCACGACGGAAUUCUGGGAUUUGUGGUUUUCACGCGGUAACUGUACAUCAUGGUGGGUAAGGGGAAAGGCCACGCGUCCGAUUCGAAAGGAAAGCUCCAACGCAUAAUUUUGUUGGUCUCUGGUAACUCCCUAUCACCACUUCCGGUCCUCACCCUCCUUAAAGGCUAGGAAUUUCUUCUCUGAAAGUCAUACAAAAGAAAAGUCAAGCUACUUUUAAGAUUAAAACACGCUUAUCACACUCUUCCGCCGUCCUUUAACCGUCGUUCUGAGUAUCGCGAGAACAGCCUUCGUAGUUAUUGUCGUCCCUCCUGAAAGGCGGGUCACGCGAAGACUGACAGAGUCCUCAGCCAACAGAAUUCCCUGUGCGCAGCGCCUCCGCGGCGUGCGUGCGGAGGCCUCCGUGAACUCUGACCUCAGCUUUUCGUAGCGUCUCUUGUCCGCCGCCCCCGCCCGCGGAGCGUAGGAGGCGGGUUUUGGCCUCUUGCCCUAGGGACCGAGUGCGGAGGGAGUGGGACCGAGACGGCCCGAGAGGAGGUGUCUGGCUUCCCGGAGAGGCCUUGCUGUACGUUCCGUCGCCCAUGUGCUCGUUCUUCCGCAAGUAGCGCCGUCGUUAGGCCGGCCCAGUGACUCCGCUUUCUUCGGGACUAGCCCUCGUCUCGCCAGGGAGGGGGCAUCCUGUGGCGGCGCCUCUAGUCCGCGUCGGCGUCGCGCUGCGACCCUGGAAGCGGGAGCCGCUGCCACCGAGAGGAGGAGCCCCGGCCGCGGGCAGCAGCAGCCACAGCGUUAGCGGGCGGGAUCGAGGCCGUCAACAUGGCGAGCGCCUCGUACCACAUUUCCAAUUUGCUGGAAAAAAUGACAUCCAGCGACAAGGACUUUAGGUUUAUGGCUACAAAUGAUUUGAUGACAGAACUGCAGAAAGAUUCCAUCAAGUUGGAUGAUGAUAGUGAAAGAAAAGUAGUGAAAAUGAUUUUGAAGUUACUGGAAGAUAAAAAUGGUGAGGUACAGAAUUUAGCUGUCAAAUGUCUUGGCCCUUUAGUGAGUAAGGUGAAAGAAUACCAAGUAGAGACAAUUGUAGAUACCCUCUGUACUAACAUGCUUUCUGAUAAAGAACAACUUCGAGAUAUUUCAAGUAUUGGCCUUAAAACUGUAAUUGGAGAACUUCCUCCAGCUUCCAGUGGUUCUGCAUUGGCUGCAAAUGUAUGUAAAAAGAUUACUGGACGUCUUACCAGUGCAAUAGCAAAGCAAGAAGAUGUCUCUGUUCAGCUAGAGGCCUUGGAUAUUAUGGCUGAUAUGUUGAGCAGGCAAGGAGGACUUCUUGUUAAUUUUCAUCCUUCAAUUCUGACCUGUCUACUCCCUCAGUUGACCAGCCCUAGGCUUGCAGUGAGGAAAAGAACCAUUAUAGCUCUUGGCCAUUUGGUUAUGAGCUGUGGAAAUAUAGUUUUUGUAGAUCUUAUUGAGCAUCUGUUGUCAGAGUUGUCCAAAAAUGACUCCAUGUCAACAACCAGAACAUACAUACAAUGUAUUGCUGCUAUUAGUAGGCAAGCUGGUCAUAGGAUAGGUGAGUACCUUGAGAAGAUAAUUCCUUUGGUGGUAAAAUUUUGUAAUGUAGAUGAUGAUGAAUUAAGAGAAUACUGCAUUCAAGCUUUUGAAUCAUUUGUGAGAAGAUGUCCUAAGGAAGUAUAUCCUCAUGUUUCUACCAUAAUAAACAUUUGUCUUAAAUAUCUUACCUAUGAUCCAAAUUAUAAUUAUGAUGAUGAAGAUGAAGAUGAAAAUGCUAUGGAUGCUGAUGGUGGUGAUGAUGAUGACCAAGGGAGUGAUGAUGAAUACAGUGAUGAUGAUGACAUGAGUUGGAAAGUGAGGCGCGCAGCUGCUAAGUGCCUGGAUGCCGUCGUCAGCACAAGGCAUGAAAUGCUUCCAGAGUUCUACAAGACUGUCUCUCCUGCACUGAUAUCCAGAUUUAAAGAGCGGGAAGAGAAUGUAAAGGCAGAUGUUUUUCAUGCAUACCUCUCUCUUUUGAAGCAAACUCGUCCUGUGCAAAGUUGGCUGUGUGACCCUGAUGCAAUGGAACAAGGAGAAACACCUUUAACAAUGCUUCAAAGUCAGGUUCCCAACAUUGUUAAAGCUCUGCACAAACAGAUGAAAGAAAAAAGUGUGAAGACCCGACAGUGUUGUUUUAACAUGUUAACUGAACUGGUAAAUGUAUUACCUGGAGCCCUAACACAACACGUUCCUGUGCUUGUACCAGGAAUUAUUUUCUCACUGAAUGAUAAAUCAAGCUCAUCGAAUUUGAAGAUUGAUGCUUUGUCAUGCUUAUAUGUGAUCCUCUGUAACCACUCUCCUCAAGUCUUCCAUCCUCAUGUUCAGGCUUUGGUCCCUCCAGUGGUGGCUUGUGUUGGAGACCCAUUUUACAAGAUUACAUCUGAAGCACUUCUUGUUACUCAGCAGCUUGUCAAAGUAAUCCGUCCUUUAGAUCAGCCUUCUUCGUUUGAUGCAACUCCUUACAUUAAAGAUCUCUUUACUUGCACCAUUAAGAGGUUGAAAGCAGCUGACAUUGACCAGGAAGUCAAGGAAAGGGCUAUUUCCUGUAUGGGACAAAUUAUUUGCAACCUUGGAGACAAUUUGGGUUCUGAUUUGCCUAAUACACUUCAGAUUUUCUUGGAGAGAUUAAAGAAUGAAAUUACCCGGUUGACAACAGUGAAGGCAUUGACGCUGAUUGCUGGGUCACCCUUGAAGAUAGAUUUGAGGCCUGUCUUGGGAGAAGGGGUUCCUAUCCUUGCUUCAUUUCUCAGGAAAAACCAGAGAGCUUUGAAACUGGGAACCCUGUCUGCACUAGAUAUUCUAAUUAAAAACUAUAGUGACAGCUUGACAGCUGCCAUGAUUGAUGCAGUUCUAGAUGAGCUCCCACCUCUUAUCAGUGAAAGUGAUAUGCAUGUUUCACAGAUGGCUAUCAGUUUUCUGACUACCUUGGCAAAAGUGUAUCCCUCCUCCCUUUCAAAGAUAAGUGGAUCUAUUCUCAAUGAACUCAUUGGACUUGUAAGAUCACCCUUAUUGCAGGGGGGAGCUCUUAGUGCCAUGCUAGACUUUUUCCAAGCUCUGGUAGUCACUGGAACAAAUAACCUAGGAUACAUGGAUUUGCUGCGCAUGCUGACUGGUCCAGUUUACUCUCAGAGCACAGCUCUUACUCAUAAGCAGUCUUACUAUUCCAUUGCCAAAUGUGUAGCUGCCCUUACUCGAGCAUGUCCCAAGGAGGGACCAGCUGUCGUAGGUCAGUUCAUUCAAGAUGUCAAGAACUCAAGGUCUACAGAUUCCAUUCGGCUCUUAGCUCUCCUUUCUCUUGGAGAAGUUGGGCAUCAUAUUGACUUAAGUGGUCAGUUGGAACUAAAAUCUGUAAUAUUGGAGGCUUUCUCGUCUCCUAGUGAAGAAGUGAAAUCAGCUGCCUCCUAUGCUCUAGGCAGCAUUAGUGUGGGCAAUCUUCCUGAAUAUCUGCCGUUUGUCUUGCAAGAAAUAACCAGUCAACCCAAAAGGCAGUAUCUUCUGCUUCAUUCCUUGAAGGAAAUUAUUAGCUCUGCAUCAGUGGUGGGCCUUAAACCAUAUGUUGAAAAUAUCUGGUCCCUAUUACUAAAACACUGUGAGUGUGCGGAGGAAGGUACCAGAAAUGUGGUUGCUGAAUGUCUAGGAAAACUCACUCUAAUUGAUCCAGAAACUCUCCUUCCACGGCUUAAGGGUUAUUUGAUAUCAGGCUCAUCAUAUGCCCGAAGUUCAGUGGUUACAGCUGUGAAGUUUACUAUUUCUGAUCAUCCUCAACCUAUUGAUCCACUAUUAAAGAACUGCAUAGGUGAUUUCCUAAAAACUUUGGAAGAUCCAGAUUUGAAUGUAAGAAGAGUAGCCCUGGUCACGUUCAAUUCAGCAGCACAUAACAAGCCAUCACUAAUAAGGGAUCUGUUGGAUACUGUUCUUCCACAUCUUUAUAAUGAAACAAAAGUUAGAAAGGAGCUCAUAAGAGAGGUAGAAAUGGGUCCAUUUAAACACACAGUUGAUGAUGGUCUGGAUAUUAGAAAGGCCGCUUUUGAGUGUAUGUAUACACUUCUGGACAGUUGUCUUGAUAGGCUGGAUAUCUUUGAAUUUCUAAAUCAUGUUGAAGAUGGUUUAAAGGACCAUUAUGAUAUUAAGAUGCUAACAUUUUUAAUGUUAGUGAGACUCUCUACACUUUGUCCAAGUGCAGUGCUACAGAGAUUGGAUCGGCUUGUUGAACCCUUACGUGCUACGUGUACAACUAAGGUAAAGGCAAACUCAGUAAAGCAGGAGUUUGAAAAGCAAGAUGAAUUAAAGCGAUCUGCCAUGAGAGCAGUAGCGGCACUGCUGACCAUUCCAGAAGCAGAGAAGAGUCCACUGAUGAGUGAAUUCCAAUCACAGAUCAGUUCUAACCCUGAGCUGGCAACCAUCUUUGAAAGUAUCCAAAAAGAUUCAUCAUCCACUAAUUUGGAAUCAAUGGACACUAGUUAGAUGUUUGUUCAUUACGGGGACGGUUACCUUUGACCAUACAAUGCACUGAAUUGACAAGUUCAUCAUAAGACAUGAAAAGAGAAGUGUCUGAAAGCUUCAGGAAGUUCCACUUUCUUUUAUUCAUGGCGACAGUUUGUUCAGCUUUCUUCCAUUAUUGUUUUUAUAGCAUUUAUUUCAAAAAUAUGUAUUUCCAUAAUCCAGAGGUUGUAAAACCACUAAUGUUUUUAGUGGUUAGAGCAACAUUUUAAAAUGGAAACUAAAAGUUAGGAUUUAUGGAGUGUGGAGAGAGGGUCCAGUAUCUUAUUUACCCUGUAAUGUUUAGGAUUAAAAUGUUAAAAUUUUGUGACCAUGAAUUUCUUUGUUUUAUACAUUUUCUCAAAAAUCAAGAAUUCUACAAAAACAAUGUUUCUUAUAUAACUUUCUCUUUCAGCAACAUAAUUGAUUUUUAGCUGACAAUAUCCAUUUUAGAUUUGUUACAUUUCAGAGGGCUUGGCAGUUUUAAAAAGAUAAGGUAACAUUUUUUUAAGUGUGAGGACUACCAGUAUCCCUGUUGCACACACUAAUUUUUGCAUGAGCAAGUUUACAAAUAUGUAUUGUGUGUAAAGCAGCAUGUGCAAUUAUUCAUAAUACAAAGUUCAAAUAAGUAUUAGUGCAAUUUUCAGAUACUUAUUUUUGCACAGAAAACAUGUAUCUGAAGAAAGGGGGAGAGAGGAGUAAUUUUUGAAACUUUAGUUUUCCUAAUCCCAGUGUGAAUUUUCAGAUGUUUUUAGCGAAUCAAGUCACAGUAACAGUUUGCCAUUUUUUUCCAUUACAAAUUUUGUUACACAUUUAAAAUUUGAAUGUUUACUCAAUUUUUCUCAGUUAUCCAUUUGUGUGUGUUUCCACCUAGAAAUUCUUAAAGCCAGAUUUUUUUUUCAUUCUCUUUGGAUGUCUGCAUUCCUUAUUGAUAGAUACAAAUAGUGUGUCUGCUUUUGAAUUUUGUUUUUAGGAAAAUUCUGAAGCCAGCUAUCACAGGUUUGUUAAUAUUUCCUUUUAGUUAAGCAUUUUUCCUGUCUUGUGGAACUAAUUUACGUACUGUACUUGGUAAGUUUUAACUGCUUUUCCUUAUUAAGGGAUCUGUGCUGAGAGACAAAGCUUUUUGCAGUACCUCCUAUUAUAGUAGAAAUUUUAUUCAACAUAUCCUUCAGUGAACUCAUUUCACACUGUAGCCUCUUCCUUCAAAUUUGUGGUGCUCCUAUAAUAGUAAGAAUUAACUUCUGAAAUAAAAGGCAUCUCUUAAUGCUGUGCAAGCAUGGUUUACAUGUAUUGAAGGAGGCAGUUAAAUUGAGUGACCAAUUUCAAGCAAUCACAUAUUUGAAAGCUGCACCCUUUAUUUUUGAAACUGUGAAUUAGAAAUACCUAAUUUCCUGCUGUAUUACUCAUCGGCUUUAAUAUCUGAAUAUGCAGUGGUUUUAAUUAAUAACAUAGUUUGGUUUUUAGAUUAACUUGAUUUUGAAUGUUUAGAUGAUAACACAAAAAUUGCUACUUUUCAGGUUUUGAUUAGUACAUCGACAUGGAAUAUAGUUACAUGAAGUUGGUGCCAUUUUGAAAUAUGGCAGGUGAUAAUCUUAUACCAUAAUUUGCAUAAAACUGUAAUAGAAAUUUAUUUUGAGCUGUUUAUAUGUACUAUGCAUUGCUGUGGUAUAGAUGUUGUGGCUAUAUUUAAGUUUUGGGUUAUAGUUUCACAAUAAAUUACAAUAUUGCAGGCUCUAGGACUGAAUAGGAGACUGACAAACAUAUAUUGUUUGAAUAUCUUAGUUAAUUGCCUAAAGUUAAAUUCAAAUUAUUGUUCCUUUGUUUUUAAUGUCCAACAUCCAUGUUAUUUUUAUUUAUUUUUAUUUUUUUAGUAUUACAAGCCAGUUUUUUUUGUUUUUGUUUUGUUUUGUUUUUGACAUAGCUGAAAUACUGAAUAGAUACAGCUUUUAUAGUCUUGGUAUUAACUUACCUAUGUAUUCUGCUUAACCCACCUGUUUAUUCUCAUACUUAAAAAAAUUAGUAACAGAAGGAAUGUUCACAAUUUUAAAUGCCUAGUUAUCCAUAUUACUUCAUACUUGUAAUGGUGAUGUGGUCCAGAUACUGGUGUAGAAUUAGCAAGGUCUAGCAAGAUGGGGAGUCCAGACAUAUUCUACCACUCAUGCUGCUCACUGGAAAUGUUCGGAAGUUCUGCUUAAGAAUUCUCUAUUCUUUAUUCUCCAUUCUUUAUUGUAAGUCUAAAAGGGGUUAUAAGAGUAGCUGUUUACUGAUUUUCAUGAGGACAUUUAAAUUACUUUAGAGCUUUUUUUUUUCAAGCUCAACAUGGAGUUGAAUUUUGAGUUUAGGUCAUCUUCCAAAAUUAGGGCAGAAAGGAAUUUUGGUAUAGAGAGAGAGGCCUAGCCUAAAAAGCUAUUUAUAAAAUCAGGAGUGCUGAAUUAUAAUUUUUAAAUUGAUGAUCAUAUAUUAGUGAUAUCUGAAAUCUGCCUAACCAUUAGCAAUUCAAGUUCUUUUUUUUUUUUUUUUCGGAACGGGGGAUCGAACUCAGGACCUUGUGCUUGUGCUUGCGAGGCAGGUGCAGUACCACUGAGCUAAAUCCCCAGUAGCAAUUCAAGUUCUUAAAAGUUGAAGUAUGUUGACUUCACCAAAUGUUUGAGUAUUUAUGUAAUUUUUAUUUAAAAAUAACCAAAUUAGCCUUUUUUUAUAUUUAAGUAAUUAAAGAAAUAACAUAGAGGUAUAUUUAAUUAACCAGUUCUACGGAUGUUCUGAUACCUUCACAUGUGGCUCAGCCUCAGACAUAUGAAUAUGAUCAUACAGUCAUGGUUGAAAUGCAAAAUGAUGAAGUAUAUAAAAUUUCGAGUCAUUGAAGAAUUCAAUUAACCUAUUAAGCUUUUUAAAGCUGUAGUCACAUGACAAAGUAUAAAGUAAUACUUUGUAACUGAAAUAAUAUUUUCUACCCAUGUUUUUAUUAAAAAAUCUUAAAUUGUUACAAUUACUUGCUGAUCUCUAGAUAUUUAAAUAUUAAAAGCUGUAAAAUUUUAGCAAAUAAGAUUUGGAUUCUAGUUCUAUUUUAAAUUGAAUCCUAAUUUUCAAACCACUGCCACCCCAGAUUCAUACCUUUUUUUGACAUCUUAUUUAAUAUUCUGUGGAAUGGAAAAUUGACAGCAUAGUAACAAGUCAUAUGCUGUUUUGAAAAAAGUUAUUCUGGUUUUAGCUGAUUUUCCCAAUUAAGUGAAAUUCUUUUAUACUUUUGGUUGUAAAAAGUGGAACACAAUGGAAGUAUCUGGUCCCAAGCUACCAAAAACUCAGCAGAUAAAGUUUUUUUUUCGAAAAAGCAAAGUGAAAUCACCUAUUUUUCCUUUUCAUACAGUAAAGUUGCAUGUUUUGCACAAGAUCUUUCAGCAACGUGUUUCUGCUCUUUGUAAUAUAGAAAGCUAGCUCUGAAUCCAAAAUGGGAUUUGUGUUUUUAUAUGGCAUUUAAAGAGCCAGCUUAAUUAAAAUUAUCAAGGAGCUAAUGCAUAUAAUUGUACUUUGUUGGAUCCUGUUAGAUAUAUGUGUUAGAUUUCAGAAUGAUUUUUAAUAGAAGAAAUCUGUUUUUAGAAUAUUAAUUCUCUGGCCUUCAUACUUUUAAAUUCUAAUCUUACGUGACUAUCUGGAUGAUGUUGGCAAGUUCAACUGUUUUGCUGAGGUCUUUAAAAAACAUAUUACUAAUGGAAUUAAUGUAUUUGACCAUUGUUAGUAACUGAGUGCACAUUGAGUGAUUUUAUUCUAGAAUGCUCUCAGAAAAUCUCUAAGAAAACUGUACUUUGAAACUGGUUAAUUGUACAGUACCAGGAUGGCCCUAUGUUUUAAUAGUCUGUAAUAAUCCUGUUGUGCUAAAAAGCUAUUUUACUUGUUCCACAGAUAUUUCACUUUUAAACAUGAUAAAAAUCUAAUUGCUUACUUAUGUAAGGGCAGCUAAAUGUGUGAAAUGCUACUUUACCUGUACUCUUAGUAUAGCAUUUUCAAAAGAUAUAUGUGUAUAUGCUUGAAGUCAUUACCAUACCAUGAAUUAAGAUAGCUUUCCUAAGAGAUCUGGGAAUAAACUCCUGGUUCCUUAUUCUAAAA